AUGCCUCUGACUACAUUGCCGAAUAGAGGAUCGACAGGCGUCAGUGGCUAUCUGCACACCAGUGAGCCUGGGGCUGUACCAGCGGAGGCCCGUUCUCUGACACCGCAACCUCGGCGAGAGAGAUCAAAGCAACGUGCAAAUGGCGCCGCAACACGCGGAGCACGGUCUAACAGUAGCGACGCUAAUAUCACAUACACCUCGAAGCCCAGAAGGCAAAACCCAAACCUUGCGCAGAGGAUGAAGAUCCCUGUGCCAGAUACCCUCGCAAGAGCAAAAGCACGGACAACGCAGUCUGUCCACCACGAUAAUGUCACAACAAUGGCUCAGUCUCACGCUCCGACCGAGGAGGUCAAUGCCUUUGAUGACACUCGUAGCAUUCACUUCGACGACUCAACAAGCCUUGCGGACGGCUCUGAAACCCAGCGGAAUGUCACAUUUGGCCUUGAGCCUGAACACGAGCCGCCCUCGUUCAAUCUUUUCAAGACGGGCAAGUCACAAUUCAAAGCUCAGAGAUUUACACAGCCGCAAGUUUUGCCAUUUGCUUUUGCGCCGGAAUGGAAAAAGCAGGAUGACCAUCAGAGACUACGGCUCGGGGGAGGGUUACCAAAGUACGGACACACUUUCGACCGCGAGGCGGAGGCCAACGUGACACCGAGUGAAGCUUAUGACGACGGUUAUGAGCCCGACGGCGAGUAUGCUGACAAUAACCCGGCGGAUACUUGGGACACUCCCUCGCGGGCACGAAUGCCGCCUGAAAAUGAAUUCAUCAAGCCAGAACAGCACCAGGACGCGGGAGAGCGGUCUGAUAGCCCGGGCUUACACCAUCGCCGUGGUGACCAGCAGCCGCACAAGAGCCGUUUCCAGGUUCAUAAGCAAACCGUCGUAGACAAUGUACCGAAAAGCGCAGCCACGAUCGAACAACCCGCUCCGCAUGAGCUGGGACCACUGCGUCAAGACCCUCAGCAACCCCCACCAUUCUCCUCCAAGAUCUCGUCCUACCAUGAAUCGUCCUCCGAGGAGGAAAUAACGCAGCCCGUUGCGGAUGCCUCUCCAGCUCUACCUCUCCCGGACACCAAACGGCCACGAACAGAGUAUUUGGAUUUCAGUCUCGCCGAUAUUGUAGGGAAAACAAUGGCAGAUAUGGAUGCCAUCGCUUUCACGAUUGAUCCAUCUUCCCCGCCAGCGGAACCUGCGCUGGACGCCCACGGGACGCCAAUGAGUCUCGCGGCCAGGUUGGCGAACUUGACAAAAAUGCGCGCGGAAGACCAGAAGCAUCUCUUCCGGUCUCUGACAGAUGCUGAACGCGAGCAAGCGGCCGCGUGGUUUCUUGAGAAAUUCCACGCCGAUGUCGAGAGGCUGAUGGACGUGCGAUUCGAGCGGAGGAAGACGGCACUCAAGUACGAGUUGGAGGUGAAGAAGCGCGACGCAAAGGUCGAGGCAAAGAAAAAGGACGUAGACGAGGAGCUGGCUAGUCUUAGGAAGGGCGGAGGCCAGCUUAUUGCCGGCAAGAGUGCUGCGGUGGGAAAGUGA